UUCAUUUUCCACUUUAUCCCAAACACUCACACACACACCGCACACACUGAAACAUCAGAAAAGCAAAAGAAAUUAGGAGAAAAUGGGAGACAAAGUGCGCAACAAACAAAUAAUUCUGAGGGACUACGUUAAGGCUUCUGCAAAAGAAUCAGAUAUGAUUCUGAAAACCUCCACGAUUACACUGAAGGUCCCCCAAGACUGCAACGGCGCUGUUUUGGUGAAGAAUCUCUACUUGUCCUGCGACCCUUACAUGCGCACCCGUAUGAGCUUUCUCCAGGGCAGCUAUGGCGACUCCUUCACACCUGCUUUGCCUUUACAGGGAUAUGGAGUGGCCAGAGUUCUUGAUUCUUCUCACCCAAACUUCAAGAAAGGGGACUUGGUUUGGGGUAUGACUGCAUGGGAAGAGUAUACCAUUAUUACAUCGACAGAGCGUCUUUUCAAAGUUCAGCAUAUGGACGUGCCGCUCUCCUACUAUACUGGAAUUCUUGGUAUGCCUGGAGCUACUGCUUAUGUUGGUUUCUAUGAGAUUUGUUCUCCCAAACAAGGAGAAACUGUCUUCAUUUCUGCUGCAUCUGGAGCUGUUGGUCAGCUUGUUGGGCAGUUUGCAAAGCUGUCGGGUUGUUAUGUUGUUGGAAGUGCAGGGAGCAAACAUAAGGUGGAUCUUCUGAAGAACAAAUUUGGGUUCGACGAUGCAUUUAACUACAAAGAAGAACCUGAUUUCAAUGCAGCUUUGAAAAGGUACUUCCCUAAUGGCAUCGACAUAUACUUUGACAACGUUGGGGGAAAGAUGCUUGACGCAGUGCUUCUCAACAUGAGAUUACAUGGUCGAAUAUCUGCAUGUGGGAUGAUCUCACAGUACGACGUUCAGGAGCUUGAAGGCGUGAAAAACUUGUUUAACGUUGUCACAAAACGAAUCCGCAUGGAAGGAUUUCUGGUCCCCGAUUAUUACCACCUUUAUCCAAAGUUUCUGGAUACAGUUCUGACACUCAUAAAAGAAGGUAAAAUUACAUAUUUGGAAGACAUAGCCGAAGGCCUUGAAAGUGCGCCGAGUGCCCUGAUAGGGCUCUUCUCUGGUCGCAACAUUGGGAAGCAGGUUGUGGUGGUUUCUCGUGAGUAGGUUACAAUAUGUGCAGUUCUAUACCGUCCGUUAAGACAAUUAUCUGGCAAAUUAAUCUAGGUUAAAUUACACAAACAUUUCUUGUUUUUUUUUUUUGUAAAAUUAAUGUUACACUCCUUAAAAGGUGUUAGUGUAAUGUUUUUCAAGGGUGUUUCUGUAAA